AUGUCCGACGCAAACCAAGCUGCCUCAUCGGCAGAGCAAAUCGCAAAAAACGCCCGCCUAGCAUUCGAACAAUCCUCCCAACUGCUCUCCACCUCCUCCUCCGCCGACUCCAUUCGUUCUUCCGCUCUUCUCUCCAUCCGUUCCGCUCUCGAACACAACAAAUCUCGAAUCGAGGAUGCAAAUUCUCUCGACAUGGAAGCAGCUAACGCUUUGGUUGCUGCUGGAAAACUCUCCUCCUCGCUCGCCUCUCGUCUCGACCUAUUCUCCAAACCCUCCAAAUGGCAAUCUCUCCUGGAUGGAGUAUGCGAUGUAGCCUCACUCCCUUCUCCCCUUGACCACGUACAGCUUGCACGACGUCUAGCCGAACCAACGCGCACUCAAUCUGCCAUCGAUCUCUACCGCAUAACUUGCCCUAUUGGCGUGUUGUUGUGUAUAUUUGAAGCAAGGCCGGAAGUGGUGGUUAACAUUGCCUCUCUCGCGAUCAAGAGUGGAAAUGCAGCGAUAUUGAAAGGUGGCAAAGAAAGCAGAAACACAGCGGCGGUGUUGAGUGAGAUCAUCGCUGAGGCAUUGAAGCAGGCUGGCUUGCCAAGGGGAUUGGUGCAGAGUGUUGAGGGGAGAGAGUGUGUCGGAGAGUUGUUGAAGUUGGAUGAAUACAUUGAUUUAGUGAUUCCGAGGGGUAGUGGAGAAUUGGUUAGGCGCAUUAAGAGGGAUGCUAGGAUGAGUGUUAUGGGUCAUGCGGACGGUCUUUGUAUUGGGUAUGUUCAUGAGGAUGCUGAUCUGAAGCAUACCAUUGGAACUGUGGUGGAUGCCAAGACGGAUUAUCCCGCUGCUUGUAACGCAUUGGAGACACUAUUGAUCAACCAAGCUUUGGUCCAAGACUCUGCCUUCUGGCCUUCUCUUGCAGAAGCGCUACUCAACGCUGGAAUCGAGUUGCGUUUGGACUCUGCAACUCUAUCUGCUCUUAAAACUUGCUCGCCCGAUCUCUUGACAAAGUACACAACCGAAGGGAAAGUGAAACACGCAACACCAGAAGACUUUACCACCGAAUUCCUCGAUCUCACCCUCGCCAUAGCCACCACUGCCAACCUGGAUUGCGCAAUCUCGUACAUCACAACUCACUCCUCAGGCCACACAGACUUGAUCCUAACCUCUCCGACCCUAAGCCCCAACGCAGCAGCCGAGAAGUUUGUGAAAAGUAUCAACUCAGCAAACGUUUUCGUCAACAUUUCCACCCGCUUUGCCGAUGGAUUUAGAUUCGGCUUGGGUACUGAGGUAGGUAUUAGUACGGCUAAGACGCAUGCUAGAGGUCCUGUGGGUUUGGAUGGUCUGUGUAUAUACAAAUAUGUUGUCAAGUCGACUGUGGAGCAUGGCGAAUGUGGCGAGCGAAAGAAAGGCGCUCAGAUAGCAGCAGAGUUUAAUGGUCCAAGGAAAUGGUGUCAUAAGCAUAUGGAGGCUAAGUAUCCCACUUUGUGA